AGUCACCUGCAAAAGAGAUGUGUUCAGCCUGUUUGACACCUGUAUACCCAAUGGAGAGAAUGAUGGCCAAUAAUCUUGUCCUCCACAACAACUGCUUUUGCUGUAAGCAUUGUAAAAAGAAGCUCAGCAUCAGAAACUCCUCUUCUCUUUAUGGAGAGUUCUAUUGCAUUUUUCACUACCAACAACUCUUUAAAACAAAGGGAAAUUAUGAUGAGGGAUUUGGCCACAAACAACACAAAGACCGUUGGCUUCAAAAGACCGAAGAAACAGAGCCAGACAUGAAUGUGACUGAGAAAGCAUCUAAAGCCAACUUGAUGGUUGUUGAUCGCUCAGUACAGAUCUCUGCAGUGAGGCUGGCUCCAUUGCCACCCAAAGAACCUUUGGCAAACAAUGGUACUGAUAACAGGAACAAACUGAAAAAGAGCUGGCCACCAGAGAAAAAGGAACCAAGGGGCAGUCCAGCACAGCAAGUUAAGACUUGGAAGAGUGUGUCCAUUACUGACCAACAAGCCAAAGAAAAGUCUUGGACCAGUCCUAUUUCAGAGAAACACAUUGACAGAAAUAUAUCAAAGAGGGACCAGGUAAAGGUCAGAACAGGAGAACAGGAUAAAACAUCAUCUAAAGUUCUGACUCAGAAAUCCAACAAGACUUUGUCACACCCAACAGAGAUCUCAGAAUCAAACAAAUCCAAACCAUGGAGUGUUUCUUUCAAAAGAACACUUUUUCAAGAAGACACAUCAACAACAGUAGUGAAUUUCUCUUCCUCUCGUAUGCCUACAGGAAAGUCAUUCCCCAUCAAAAAACAGACAAGAGAUCAGUCAGAUCACAUUCAGGCCACACCACCUGCAAUCAAGAAACAAAAUUCAAGUUCUGAAGAAAAAAACGACUUUCUUAGUAAAGCUAAAAAGUCUGUCAGGUUUGCCCAAAACACUGAUACCAAUCUUGAUAAUUCAUCAUCCUCUGAACUGAGCUCAGGCGUACGAACUCAGAAUAAAAGGGAAGAACACUCAGAUGAUGCAUCUCUUGAGGUAAUUGUUGACAGUAGGAAUAACAUACAUUUUGAUGCAAGCACAAAAGAGUUUGAAAGUGAAGUGACCCCAAAUUCAAAUGAAAAGAAUCCUCAGGAUACAAUGGAUGGUUUUGGUAGAGGACAGGUUGAUGUUUCAAAAGGAUUUCAUGCAGAUGAGGAUAUCACUCAGGACAAGCCACAGCCAAACACCCCAGGAAAGGUCAACAAAGACAGUAUGAGUCUGAAGAGACACACAGUGAGUCCAGGGGAAUCCGAGGUUGUCAAGGUAACUGAUGAUGAGGAAAACAAAGCAGAGCGUUCAGAGGAAGUAUCAGAUGGAGCUGAACACUUAGAUGUGUCUCAUUCAGGAGAUCAAAAUAUGAGGAAAAGUCAACCAGAGUCUGAAUUUAAGGAAGUGGUUCCAAUCAUUUGUUCCAAUAAUGAAAAACAGCUACAAAAUGAUGCUCCAGUAAAAGGGUCAGAGAGUGGAGGUCACCGCGGAGUCCAGAGGUCCAACUCUUUGAUGGGAAAACAGAGUGAGACAACCCAAGCGAAAAGGGGAUCCUGGUCUAAGGGGAAGAGCCCUUUGUCCAAACUUUUCAUAACAGGUAGCAAUGAAAAGAACAACAAGGUUGAACCUACAGAAAAGAAGAAACCAGACCCUAAACCCAGGGGUAUCUUAGGAAAACUGUUCCAGUCAUCACCAGAGAAAGAUACAAAGAAAACUGAGGAAGCCGAGCUAAAGGAGCAAGAUGGAACAAAAAAGACUGUUCAGGCAAUGGAGAAACUUGAGGGGGUUGAAGGGGUGAAAGAGGAUGCAACUGAAAAAGACAGUAGUCCAGCACCAAUAGCACCUCCAAACACUGAUAACAGCUGGAUGGAUGAUUUGUUAGGCUGAUAAUGCCAAUGAUUGAGAAGCUUGUAAAUAUGAUCAUCAUAAACUUGAUCAUUGAUUAUAUCAUUAAAAUGCACUGGUCAAACAUCAUCAGCUCUUUAUUGACAGUUAUACACCAUGUUCAAAGUAUCAUAAAGGUAUGUUUCAGUGCAUCAUUGAUUAGGUUGAAUUCCAAGAUUAUGUUACUGUAAUGACUGAUUAUAAAUGUAUGGCUCAGCAUUCAUAUUGUAGUUGUACUUGUUUCCAGUGACAUCACUCAAGUAUAUACAGUACCUAUAACUUCCCUAAUCCUAUGCAAACCAGUGAUAGCGUACAUUUAAUUAUUGGUUUGGAUUUGGAAAUAUAAAGCACCUACAUUAAGUAUUGCACUAUUGAAAUGUCUAUCUUAACAUACAAUUCCUUGUGAUUGCCUAAAGGUAUAAAAUAUGUUUAAAACAAUGAUUGUUGCAUUUUAUACACAGGGCCUUUUGUUGAUUGUUGUUAAAAUUAAAACUAAAUAGACAUGCGUUGUAAUAUUCAGAAGACAUUCUGUUAAAUCCAAAAGCCAUUAUCUAAAAUAUAUAUUUUCAAGAAAAAAAGGCUCAGUUUAUUCAAACAAUACAUACACAAUGUCCUUACCUGUUUAACUUGUACCUUAACUUUUUAAGACAAUUGCAUUUGAAUGUGCUAUUAACAAUCAAUAAUAUGUAUGUGUGAAAGUCUUUAAAUAUAUAACCAAACAAUUGUAACAGUCAAAAUCAACUUACAACUUUGCUUUUGAAAUGAAACACGCCAUAACAGUGAAUUACUUUAAUGCCAUUAAGUAUUUUCACAUUUUGUGUAAAUGUUAUUUUUAAUGGUUAUUCUAAUAAAAAAAUAAAGUUGACCUAUAAUGUGUUUAAUCAACCACUUUUA